AUGUUGCAAACUAUACCAACUGUAGAUGAUGCACCCUGCACUCCAAGACCUUUGCUGUUAUCUGCGUAUGCUGUUGAUAAUAGAAUUACUGCCAUCAAUGUUUUGAAUCGGUGGAUGUAUAUUUUUCAACACUGCUUAGAAAAAAAUGUUCGCAUCAUAGGUUUUUCCACAGAUCCAGUCCAUCUUGUUACGAAAUGGAGAAAUAGGUUACUAUCAUCAACAACUGACUUACACUUUGGUUUCGAUAAGAUUAAUAUAAGCCACAUCAAAGCAUUGAUUAAUGAUAGUCAUUAUACAAAACUGGAUCACGGUCUUACUAGCAGCGAUAUUAAUCCAAAAGAUCGUCAAAAUUACAAUUCAUGCAUUAAAAUAAUAUCAGAUGAUGUGAUAAAUCUUUUGAUUAAUAGUGAAGAUACAAAUGGAACCGUUGAUUAUUUAACUUUACUAAAGAUGAUUGGGAAAGCUUAUAUUGAUAAAGCAACAUCCAUUAGUGAACUACACCAUAAGCACAAACAGGAUGAUCCAUUAAUAUAUACAGAUCGAUUAGAUGAAAUAAGUACAUUAAAUGUUGAACAAAUUAUAUUAGGCACAUACAAUCAAGCAAUUAAUAUCGUAAAGCAUUCAAAAAUGUUACACAUAUUAAACCAAAAUAAUAUAGUUAAUUUGAAAGAUUUAAGUGAUUUUGUAUUUGAUUGCUUAAAAAGAAGUUCAAAAAUGUAUGGUUACUCGUCACAAACAACGAUUGAUAACAAUGAAGAGCUUGAAUCAGACGACGAUGACGAUGAUGAAGACGAAGACGUAGAGAGUGAUGUGAAGUAG